AUGGCUGAUCCGACCACCAGCCAUGAGUCUAAGGCUCCUGGAGCCCCCGGUGACGGACUUGAGAUUCAAGAGUCAAAGAUUGGCGCAGCUUCAGCCACCAUCGAUGAUGCAUGUGGCGAUGUGGAAAUCCAGGCGGUAGAAGAGCCAGAGAAGACUUAUUACAGCAAGCUCUCGGUCUGGCUCAUGGUGCUCUUCUCGGGCCUGGCGAUUGGAUCUGAUGGCUACAAUGCCGCGGUGAUCGGCAAUGUGGAGCUUCUCCUGGCGGUGCUCUACCCGGAGGCACUCACUGACGCUAUCUACAAGCGCCUGAGCAAUGCCUUUCUCAUCGGCAUGAUCCUGGGCAUGGUUUCCUUGGGAUUUACGGUGGACCAGCUGGGCCGCAAGACGGGCGCCGUCGCUACUACGAUGAUUCUGGUCAUUGGAAUCGUGCUGUCCGCCGCUGCAAGUGGAACGUCGCCUACCGGAUUGCUGUGGAUGCUGAUCAUCGCACGUGGAAUCGCCGGCGUAGGCGCCGGCGGCGAGUAUCCCGUCUCCGGUGCCGGUGCAGCUGAAGCGACGGACGAGAGUCACCAGUACCGCAAGCAUCGUGGCUUCAUGUUCGCCAUGCUGGCCGACCUGUCCAGCUCACUGGGCUAUGUCUGGGGAGGCCUUGUCCCUCUGCUCUUGCUCCUCUGUGUCGGCCAAGAGGUCGAGAAAUACGACAUCGUCUGGAGGACCUCGUUCGCGCUUGGGCUCGUCCCGCCAUUGGUGAUCUUCUGGUUUCGCUUAAAAAUGGCCGUCUCGACCGCAUAUCGAAAGUCUGCCCUCCGCAAACAGCGCACCCCGUACCUUCUUGCUGUCAAGAGAUACUACCGACCUCUGAUCGGCUGUGCGACGACUUGGUUUCUAUACAACUGGAUCUCGAUACCUUUUGGAAUUUUCAGUUCCACCAUCAUAUCACGGGUUAACGUUGGUGACAACCUGGUCAAAAACUUUGGAUGGGGGACUUUAAUCAACUGUUUCUACAUUCCAGGCCCGUUCCUUGGUGGAUAUCUCUCGGACAAGAUCGGUCGAAGGAAGACCAUGGCUCUGGGUUUUGGUAUGCAGGCGGUCCUGGGAUUCAUUCUCGGCGGAGCCAUUUACCCGAUCCAAAGCAUCUUCCCACUAUUUGUAGUCAUCUACGGGCUUUUCCUAACAUUGGGUGAAGUUGGGCCCGGCAGCACCGUGGUUCUCACGGCUUCAGAGUGCUUCCCAACCUCAAUUCGAGGGCAGAUGAUGGGCUUCGUGGCUGCUUGGUCGAAAGCUGGGGCUGCGAUAGGCACGCAGGUAUUCACGGCAAUUCUCAGCGCGUAUGCUACCGAUCCGUCAAAGGGCGACCAAGUGGCAUUCCUCGUUGGGUCGGGCUUUGCCGUAACUGGCGCCCUCGUCGCCCUCUUCGUUAUUCCAGAUGUAUCGAGAAAGCUAGAAGACGAUGACAGGGACUGGAAAGAAUACCUCGCAAAGCAAGGCUGGGAGGGAAGCUGGGGCGACAAUACCACCAAGGAUCCUUCUGGGGUGAUACUCAACCAAAGGGGAUCGUAG